UUGUUUGAUUUUGAUUUUUUUUCUCAUUGUUUAUGUCGAUUUAUUUAUCAAAUUUAGAUGUUUAAUUAAUUUUGUGUUGUUAAAAUUACAAUUUAUUGUGACCAUUUUGUAUACAAUUAAUUUAACACGAUUACCUCUGGUUCAGGUGAAAGAGGUUUUAUCCGUAUUCCAAUUGAGUAUAACCCGGGGUAUCAUCGUUGCGAGUUUGUCAAGAAACAAUAGUGGUGGUGGAAGUGAUUGUGGAAGCGUGUUAACAUCAAGAAGAAGCAAGAGUAACAGCAGCAGCAGUAAUAGUAAUUGUUUCACCAGCAGCAGCCAUCAAAAUAAUUGUAAUAAGAAGAACAGUUCGAAAAAGAAGAUGCCUAUGCCCUCCAAAAGUAGGAUUUACUGUGAUGUUAAUACUCACCGGCCAAGAGAUUAUUGGGACUAUGAAAGCCAUGUAAUCGAAUGGCAGAAUCAAGAUGAUUACCAAUUAGUAAGAAAAUUAGGGAGAGGUAAAUAUUCCGAAGUAUUUGAAGGAGUAAAUAUUACCAAUAACGAGAAAUGUGUCAUUAAAAUAUUGAAGCCUGUCAAAAAGAAGAAGAUAAAGCGAGAAAUUAAAAUUUUGGAAAACCUCAGAGGCGGGCCAAAUAUAAUCACCCUUCAGGCUGUAGUUAAAGAUCAAGUGUCGCGAACACCAGCUUUGAUUUUUGAGUAUGUCAACAAUACGGAUUUCAAGCAACUUUAUCAAACAUUAACUGACUUCGAUAUUAGAUACUACCUGUAUGAGUUAUUAAGAGCAUUGGAUUAUAGUCAUAGUAUGGGAAUUAUGCAUAGAGACGUGAAACCUCAUAAUGUGAUGAUUGAUCAUGAAAAACGUAAACUGCGGCUUAUUGAUUGGGGUUUGGCUGAAUUUUACCACCCUGGACAAGAGUACAACGUUAGAGUAGCUUCAAGAUACUUCAAAGGUCCAGAACUCCUUGUUGAUUAUCAGAUGUAUGAUUAUUCAUUGGAUAUGUGGAGUCUUGGUUGUAUGUUAGCUUCCAUGAUUUUCCGUAAGGAACCUUUCUUCCAUGGACAUGAUAACUAUGAUCAGCUUGUUCGUAUUGCCAAAGUAUUGGGUACCGAAGAGUUGUAUGAAUAUUUGGAGAAAUAUCAAAUUGAAUUGGAUCCUCGUUUCAAUGAUAUACUAGGAAGACACUCAAGGAAAAGAUGGGAAAGAUUCAUCCACGGAGAGAAUAGUCACUUGGUCAGUGCUGAAGCUCUCGAUUUUCUGGAUAAACUACUUCGCUAUGAUCAUCAAGAGCGACUUUCGGCACUGGAAGCUAUGGAUCAUCCAUAUUUUUACCCUGUUAAAGAAGCUCACGCUCGAGCGCGACAUUUACAGGAGACCACAUGCUUCACAGCCCCUGUUAGCAGUAGCACACCAGGAGGCCCAAAAGAAAUGGAUUGGCCUGAUGUUGAUAAGUUGGCCAAUAAAUAGUCAAAUCCAUUACUUUUUCCUUAAUAUUAAUUAUUAUUAUUAUUAUUGAUACCUUUAAUCACAAACUCUACACACAAAAAAAUACACUUUCCAAAUACCAAGUGUCCAUCAUGUUAAUUGGAAGAAUCAAUUUUUGAUUUACCUUUUUUUGUCCCAAUUGUAUCAAGAUUAUCUUUAUUUAAACACCACAACUACUACAACAACAACAACAACAACUACUACUACUACUACAACUAAAAACAACAUCAAUUAAGUUGGAAAGAGAAAGUUUGAGAAAAAAGAAUCAAAUAUUUCAACGAAAAAGAAAUGAUUUCAUGAAAGAAAUACUAAUUUGGAAAACGAAUCUAAAUUGAAUUGAGAAGAGAAGGAGAAAAGAGUUGCUAAUGUAAAUUUAUCGCAUCAUCACUGUAUACGGAAAAUCCAAACAAUUAACGAAAAAGAAGAAAGAAAACAACAAUCAACUUUUUCUUUUCAAUUUUAAGUAAAAAAUGUUUUUUCUUUAAUUUGUUUACACUUGAAAAUAAAAAAACAUUCAACUCAAAA